AUGCAUCUAUCAUCAUGCCUGGCCUUCAUUGCCGGUAUCUCGAGCGUGCACGCCUUCUAUCCGUGGGAACUGCGCCUGCGGGUCGAGCUCAGCGCCGCCAAAGAUACGAUCGAACGUCGCUUUGUACCAUGGAACUUGCCGGAAACCACUACCGAUGAUGACCCCAAUAGCACCGACGAUGUCAACAGUACCAGCAGCAACGACUCCAAAUUUGUGACGCUGGACUUGAAGAAAACACAUGUUCGCCGCGACAAUCGCUACCGGGUUGUCAAAUCCCAUACGCCGUCGCUGGAAAAUAGCGCAGCGUUACAUCAAGAUGGAACGGACUAUUCAUACUUCUGUGUCGCCCAAAUAGGUUCCCAGAAGCAAGAAAUGUGGAUGCAACUCGAUACUGGAGCGCCCCAUACCUGGGUAUAUGACUCCAAAUGUAACGAGACUGUUUGUAUAACCCACCGUACUUUCGACCGGUCAGCAUCAACCACCUACACUACGGAAGGAAAGGGAUACCGCCUCUAUUACGGAAGUGGCGAGGUUCAUGGAAAACUGGGAACAGACACAAUCUCGGUUGCAGGCCUUGACAUUACACAACAGUUUGGCCAAGCUAACAAUGCUUCGGAGGCUUUCGAGAGCUAUCCAUUCGAUGGGAUCCUGGGCUUAGGGCGGUCGCACACACAGGGAUGGAAUCUGCCAUCUUUCAUGGAUCUUAUCGCCGAGAAAAAGCUCCUCAAGUCGAACCUGAUUGGUUUCAGUUUCUCUCGCGCGGCGGACGGUAUCAAUGAUGGAGAGAUCAACUUCGGUGGUGUAGAUACCACCAAGUUCGAUGGCACCAUCUCUUACACUGCUACGAACUCUAAUCUCUGGAGAAUUCCUGUGGAUGAUGUUUAUGUGAACGGUCACAAAUGUGGAUUUUCCGGCAAAUCCGCUACCAUCGACACCGGAACCACCUAUCUUCUCAUCCCCCCUGCUGACGCCAAAACUCUCUUUUCUUUCGUUCCUGGUUCCUCUCAACGGGACGAUACAAACUAUGCGGUCCCAUGUAACUCCACUGCCACCAUUGAAUUUGAAUUCUCCGGAGUCAAGUAUAACGUCUCGCCCAAGGAUUACGUUGGAAAGCACCUCGCUAAUAGUACCGACUCAUGCUUUUCGCACAUUGUGGGCUAUGCAUCCAACGGUGACACCUGGCUUGUGGGCGAUGUUUUCCUAAAGAACGUCUACACUGUGUUCGAUUACGAUAAUGCGCAAAUUGGCUUUGGCGCACUUACUUCAGCCUCGGCCGAAGCCCAGAGAGCGAAUCCAAACCAAUCUUCCAACUCAUCUUCUACCUCGGCUGUGGCCUCAUCUGCAGGUGAUGGAACAUUCACUGCACCAGCAGUCACUAGCACCGCUGCAAUCCCAACUGUCUCCGGCAGUUCUGCAUCCCACCUCACCCGCGGCAUAAGCUGGUCUAUGCUCCCCGUCAUUAUUGGCGCAUUUGCUAUCUGA